CUCAGCAUCUUAUUAGCAACAAGGGAAAUUUCUCCAUUUUCUGCGCUGUCUACGGCGACACGGGCGCAAAUCUGGGAUUUUUAAAAAUUACUUAUCCUGCUUGCCAGGUCUUUUCGACCGUUUACCCAUUUUCUUCACUGAGACUGGACUUUGAUUGCGUCCUACGUCCAAUUUGAAAGGUACUCGUUGGCCAGGAGGUGUUUUAUUCUUGGGAAGAGGCUUGUUGGUCUUUGUUCUGUAUUGGGAUCUGUUGAGCUCUUUGUUGGAGUGAAAGCAUGGGAGCGCAAUUCUCUAAGACAGCUGGAAAAGCAGAGACCGCGGCUGAAAAACCCGGAGAAGCUGCAGCUUCACCAUCUAAAGCCAACGGACAGGAAAAUGGCCACGUGAAAGUGAACGGAGACUCAUCUCCUGCGGCCGCCGAGGGGAAAGAGGAGGUUCAGGCCAAUGGCAGUGCGGCAGCCGAGGAGGCUCCGAAAGAGGAGGGAGAGAAGGCAGAGACAGCUACCGCUGAAAAGGAGGCUGCGGAUGGAGACAAGGCGAGCGUUGAUGCUCCUGCUGAAGGCGAGGCUGUGAAAGCUGAGGAGGGUGCCGCUCCCUCCACAAGCAAUGAGACACCUAAGAAGAAGAAGAAGCGCUUCUCUUUUAAGAAGUCCUUCAAGUUAAGCGGCUUCUCUUUCAAGAAAACCAAGAAGGAGACCGGAGAAGGAGAUGCUGGCGAGGAGGCAGUGGUGGCAGCUGGUGAGGAGGCUAAAACUGAAGGAGCUGAAGCUGCAGAAGCUGGUGCAUCAGGAGAGGAGGCCAAACCAGCCGAGGAGACCGCACCUGCUGCAGCCAGUCCCGCAGAAGCCAAACCUGAGGAGACGGCAGAGGAGAAACCAGCAGAGGAGGCUGCCAGUCCUGCCGCAGAGGAAACCAAAGAGGAGGUGAAACCCGCAGAGCCAGUAGCAGUGGAGCCCACUCCUACUCAGAAUGAAGCACCCGUGGUGGAGGAAGCUGCACAGGAAGCAGAGUCCAGUCCAGCGGCCCCCGCUGAGUCCACUGCAGAGUAACAUACAUGAUGCAGAUCAACAGAACAAAAAAAAAUGUUAAAAAAAAAAGAUAAUCAAAGAACAUUUCCCUGUUGUGCGGUGGAGUGGCACCUGGGUAGAAGACUUUAGAGAACUUUGUCCGCAACCAGGGAUAUUUUAAAGCUUUUUUUUUUUAGGUAUUCCCUCUCCACAAAACCCACCUCACUCCACCCUUAUGGUCAUUCCUGGAGCUGAUGUGGGUGGCUAAGUUGAAUAAUACAGAAAACAAAAAUUACAUUAUCUGCCGUAUAUUUUUUGCAUCAGUAUUAACUGUUUUUGUUUCUUUUUUAUUUUUAUACAAACAGAAAAUUGUAAACUUGUUGAAAAUGUACGGAUAUGCCCAUGGAAUAAAGGGGACAGGGCUUGGGAAUGGGAGUUUUUAAAGAUUGGCACCUUGGUGCCUCCGAAUUCUACCACAGACUACCAGGGAAAAAGGGUAGUCUGAAAGCAAACGACCAACCAUUUCUAUUCACAGUUUACAACACUAAAGUCAAUUAUUUUUACUCUGAAAACAAGCCAACAUAAUUCCCAGUACUAGGUUUAGAACAGCAUUUUAAAGAUCCUAGGAAUUCUCCACUUCUCUUUAGAUGUAACAGUCAGUGAUUUCAGUAGGAAAACAAUUUGUAUAGGCUUUAUGGUUUAUUGCUGGUUCUAUGAGUUUAUUAAAAUGUAAGUAUGUAUAGGAGGGGUGUUUUAACUGUGAUUAUUGUACAAAUGAAAUCUUGAUCUCAAGAAGCACAUGCAGCUCUUCUACCACCAAGCUCGUUUUUGUAAGAUAACAGAAGUCAUCCUGAGA